UAUCAACGGAAAACAGGUUAUCCCAGAGAUGUGACUACGCAGUGACAAUAAACAUUGUGUUGAAGAUCGGAAUCCAGUACUGUGACGCGACAAAAAGUCCAUAGACUCGUAAAGGAUUAGGGUCUCGACGGGAAGCCACAAGUAGAGGUGGUCCUUAUCAAAAGUUUCAACAGCGUUCGGAGUGGGGCAAACGUUCCAGUCGCACACUUCGCGCUCAACCGCAGCUGACUAGCCGCGCCGCGCACGCGCAACUCCAUACCAAGUUCAAAAUAUGUUUACCGUUUCAGUGCUGAGGUGAAAACUAUAUUGUGACAGUGCGUUUUGUGUACGUUAAGGAUACGAGGAUUUAUUUUGUGAAGUGAUCGAGACCCAUAUGUCAAGAUGGGUUGUAAGCUGACAUUUGUGGACGAUGUCCUAAAUAGAUCUUUCUACAAUCUUGGGUUGAUAGUCGGCAAGCAGCCAGGCUACUUCAUAAUAAUACCAGUCCUCCUAACACUGCUCAUGAUUACUGGCUACCAGCGAGUGCACUAUGAAAUGGACCCAGAAUACCUAUUCUCACCAGUCAGCGGUCAAGGAAAGUUGGAGAGACGGAUAGUCGAAGAAUAUUUCAAAGUCAAUUAUACUCAUAGGUUCAAUGUUGGAAGGAUAACAAGAGCAGGCAGAUUCGGGCGAGUGAUCAUCGUUGCAAAAGACAACACAACAAACAUGCUUCGAACCGAAAUAUGGAAGGAACUUCGGCAGCUCGACGAAUACGUACAAAAUAUUACGGUGACUUUGGACAACGGUGAAACAUUUACUUACAGAGAGGAGUGCGCGCGGUGGGAAGGGCAAUGCUUCGCAAAUGACAUCCUUAAUCUGGACAAAAUUAUCGGCGAGGUGGAACGAGGCGAAUUAAAUUUGACUUUUCCGAUCAUGUUCAAUCCUGUUACGUGGGAGGCUCACGCUUUUCCCGUAUUCUUCGGCGGUUCGAAGGUGGUUGAUGAUAUUAUAGAAUCCGUUCCCGCCGUGCAACUCGUAUGGUUCAUUAGAACCGACAAUAAAUUGCAGGAGAAACGAGGUGCAGCUUGGGAAGAUGCGUUUCUAGACGCAGUCGGUGUAGCAGAAGACACGGGACGAUUCAAACAUAUUUCCAUAUCACGAUUUGCUUCACGUACACUAGAUCACGAACUCGAAAAGAACACAAAGACCGUCAUACCUUUCUUCAGCUCUACAUUUAUUCUAAUGGGAAUUUUCUCUAUCGUCACUUGUAUGAUGGGUGAUUGGGUUCGAUCUAAACCCUGGCUGGGGUUACUAGGGAAUAUAUCAGCAGUGAUGGCCACUUCAGCCGCUUUCGGUCUCGCGAUAUAUUUAGGCAUAUCUUUCAUUGGAAUUAAUCUCGCUGCGCCGUUCUUGAUGAUUGGAAUUGGUAUUGACGAUACGUUUGUAAUGUUGGCGGCAUGGAGACGCACUUCGCCCACUUUACCAGUACCGGAACGAAUGGCGAUAAUGCUCUCAGAAGCGGCCGUCUCUAUUACAAUAACUUCUGUGACUGAUAUGCUGUCUUUCUUCAUAGGUAUUUUCUCUCCAUUCCCAUCGGUGCAAAUUUUCUGCAUGUAUUCAGGUCUCGCCGUCUGUUUUACAUUUGUAUGGCACCUCACGUUCUUCGCUGGAUGCGUCGCUGUGUCAGGAUAUCGAGAGAAACAAAAUCGACAUACGAUCACUUGGUUAAAAGUGUUACCCGAAUCUAGAGCAAGGAAAGAAGAAAAAUCUUGGCUGUAUAGAGCAUUUUGCAGUGGAGGUAUAGACAAUGCGGAUCCAAACAAUCCUAUAGACAACAAAGAACACUGUAUUAUGGCAUUUUUCCGAACUACCAUGGCGAAUUUGCUAAACAAUAAUUUAGUCAAGGCACUGGUUAUAGUUGUGUUCUUAGUGUAUCUAGCUGGAGCUGGCUAUGGAGUGACGAAUUUAAAAGAAGGCUUGGAAAGAAGGAAACUGUCGAAAGUAGAUUCGUAUUCAGUCGAGUUCUUUGAUCGUGAAGAUCUUUAUUACAGAGAAUUUCCAUACAGGAUACAGGUAGUUAUUAGUGGAAACUACAAUUAUUCCGACCCGAAAAUCCAAGACGAAGUGGAAAUUUUAACACAAAGAUUGGAAAACACUUCGUAUAUAUCGAAUUCCCUUUACACCGAAUCGUGGCUUCGAACAUUCGUUAACUACGUAGAAAGAAAUAACGACUAUUUAAAUGUAUCCAUCGACACCGAAGAGGAUUUCAUUCAAAAUCUUAAAGAGUUAUGGCUGUUCCCUGCAAAUCCUUUUUCACUCGAUGUCAAAUUUAAUGAAGGUGGUAACGAAAUCAUUGCCUCAAGAUUUUUAAUUCAGGCCAUAAAUAUAAGCGGAACUAACCAUGAAAAAGAAAUGGUUAAAGCUUUGAGGGAAGUCGUGGCUCAAUCACCUUUAAAUGCUUCCGUAUUCCAUCCGUAUUUCGUUUUCUUUGAUCAGUUCGAGCUCGUGAGACCAACAUCGAUUCAAAAUCUCUGCUACGGUGCUUUAAUGAUGAUGAUAACAUCUUUCAUAUUCAUCCCGAAUAUUUUAUGCUCUUUAUGGGUCGCCUUCAGUAUAAUAUCUAUAGAAAUCGGCGUCGUAGGGUACAUGGCCUUAUGGGACAUAAACCUUGAUUCAAUAUCUAUGAUUAAUUUAAUUAUGUGCAUAGGUUUCUCUGUAGAUUUUACUGCUCACAUCUGUUACGCGUACAUGGCAUCUAAAGCGAAAUCUCCUAAACAGAGAGUCAGCGAAUGUUUAUACUCCUUAGGAUUACCGAUCGUUCAAGGCUCAUUCAGUACUAUUCUUGGUGUUGUUGCAUUAUUGCUAGCUGACAGUUAUAUAUUCUCUGUGUUCUUCAAAAUGGUAUUCAUGGUCAUUUUCUUCGGUGCAAUGCAUGGUCUGUUCUUAUUACCAGUUUUAUUAUCACUCUUCGGUCCAGGUUCAUGCACAAAACAAGAUGAAGACUUCAAAAUAUCAAAAGUCGAAAAAUUAUUCCCAAAUCCCUAUUGUUUACCACACCCACAAUUAGUUCUCAAUGAUCAAAUAUUCAGUGGAAAAAGUAUAAACCCGAAUGGCGUUUAUAAAAUUUACGGUGACGAUAAAGAUUUAGGCAUCGGCACAUCGGGCGAGGACACCAGUGAAAGCAGUUCCAACCAAUCGCAACGUCGUCAAAUCGGAAACAGUGAAAAUACCAGAAAGAAGUAUGAAGACGGGUGGAAGAAAUACAACAAUUUCUGUCAGAGCACAAGCCAGUUCCAACCUUCAGGAGAAUUGGAUCUGUACGGGCAGGAAAGUGAUCGCAUAUGGCAGAGACAAAGAUAUAGUAAUAAUCAUCGUGCUUUCGAAAACUAUAGAAAUCAAGGGCAUAGAGAUGAUGAUGGCAGAGCACGAAAAACGAGUGACACGAGCCCACAACGUGAGGGCGCGUACCGGGUGAUGCGAACGCACUCCCAUCACAACCUGCACAGGCAGAGUACUCCGAAACGUAGCAACUCCCAUCACAAUCUCGAACACUUAGAUUAUGUUGCGGAAAUGCAUUUCCCUUGACAUUAACCGAAUAACCUCUUUAAAUUACAAAUUAAAAUAAAAUCGUGUGCUCAAUUGUGGACCAAAGUAGUAUUAUUAUUUCCACCUGAAUUAAACUACGCGUAAAAACUGUAUUUUGUGUGUAGUAGAUAUGAAGUUCUGGAUCUGCAAUGGUAAGUCAAUUUGACAGUGUGGCUAAAUUACGGUCGCCUUAGAUAUAAUUAUAAACCAGUAAUACCUAAAGAUAGCUGUAUAAGGAGCUUAGAAUGUAAGAAUUAAAAGCAGUUUCGACUUUUUAUAAGCAAGGAAAUAUCAAAAUAGUGUAAAAUAUUAUUGUAUAAUGCGUUAUGUAAUGUGCGUUUUGCCAAAUAUAAUUCUAUAUAAACAAGUUGGUUGCAUACAUUUUGGGUAUAAAAUGAAACAGUGUGAUUUUUUUUAAUAAUUUAUUAAAACUUACGAGUUCCUAAGAAGUAUGUAAUGUAUAUUACACUAUUUCAGUCGACAUUGCUUAUGCUAUCAUUAAAUCUAAUCUGGCAAAAAAAUACCUACUAUUCAUAAACAUUUAUCAAACGUACAUAACUAAUGUAUGCUUUGUCUCUUUCUCUCAAACGAAGUAUGUCUUUGGAAUUAGUGAGACAAAGCAUAUAAUACUUAAAAUGCGAUUCAUAAACGGCUAUGAUUAUAAAGCCUUAUUAUUUUAGGACAUUUCUAUAGUGUGAUAAUUAUUAAUAAUUUUGGGUCGGGUGAGAAGUGCCUUAGAAAUGUGUAAAUAUGGGUGUAUUUAAAGUAUAUUAUAAGUUUUCAUUGUUUACGAAGCUUUAACGUUACCUGUAUCUUAUAGAUUGCUGUAAAUAUUUUUAUAUGUGAUACAUUUCUGAUGCCAUGUACCGUACACGUUUAUAGGUACCUUGACUCUAUUCUACGAGCAAUAACUACCUACCUUACU